AUGCGAUUGAACAUUACAUCGCAGUCUGCAUAUAUUUCAAACGAUUCUACAAAAGAUGAUGAUGAUACCAAAAAACUAGAUUUAAUAAUACCAGCAAAACCAAAUGAUUAUGAAGCAUUAUUCAAAAGACUAGAUAUUGAAUCAACAGGUCAUAUAACUUUUAAAGAUUUUACAAAAGCAAUGAAAAAAUUAAAUCAUCCAAUAAGUCAAAACCCGGAGUUACUAAGAACAGUGUUUAAUUCAUUUGAUUCAAAUAGUGAUAAGGUUAUAGAUUUCAAUGAUUUUAAAAGAUACCUAAAUACAACAGAUGAUCAAAUUUUAAAAGGUUUUAAUAAGAUUGAUGAAGAUAAUGAUGGAAGACUAAAUAAAGCAGAUUUUGUUAAAUAUUUGAAACAUCAUUUAAAUUUGAAUAAUGCAAGUAAAGUAAAUGUUGAUUUAUUAUUUAAACAAAUUGAUUACAAAAAUGACGGAUAUAUAACAUAUGAUGAAUUUAGAGAAUUUUUAAUAUUAAUGCCAAGAUUACAUGGCUCGAGAAUACGAACUGCUUUUGAGUUUGUUGUGGAAAAUUUCGAUGUUAGUUCUGAUGGUGAUGUUACACUAAUAAAUCAAUUUCUUAAUGGAUUUGGAUUUUUUGUUGCUGGUGGUUUAGCAGGUGUUGUAUCAAGAACUUGUACUGCUCCAUUUGAUAGAAUAAAAGUUUUUUUAAUUGCAAGAACCGAUUUAUCAUCAACUAUAUUACAUUCGAAAAAGGAAAUAGCAAGAGAAAUAGCUUCAGGUGCUGAAAAAUCUGUAAUUGAUCAUUUAAGAGCAAAAUUAGCUCAUGCUGAAGCUGAACAAUUUUUAGAACAAAGUAAAGCAACAAGUUUAAAAGAAAAAACAAUUAGAUCACCCAUAAUACAAGCAGCUAGAACUUUAUGGCUACAAGGUGGUAUAAAAGCAUUUUAUGUCGGGAAUGGAUUGAAUGUUGCAAAAGUUUUCCCAGAAUCUGCCAUAAAAUUUGGUUCAUUCGAAGCAGCAAAAAGAUUCUUCGCAAGAAUUGAAGGUAAAGAUGAUGUUGCAGAUAUUUCAAAAUUAUCUACUUAUAUAUCAGGUGGUAUUGGUGGGGUAGUAUCUCAAAUUGCUGUCUAUCCAAUUGAUACUUUAAAAUUUAGACUUCAAUGUUCAAAUUUAGAAAGUUCAGUGAAAGGUAAUGCAUUAUUAAUUCAGACUGCAAAGGAUUUAUUUAAAGAAGGAGGAAUAAGAGUAUUUUAUCGUGGUGGGGUGGCUGGUGUAAGUGGUAUUUUCCCGUAUGCAGCAUUAGAUUUAGGAACAUUUUCAACUAUAAAGACAUGGUUGAUUAAAAGAGAAGCUAAAAAAUCAAAAAUAAGAGAGGAAGACGUUAAAUUACCAAAUUCUAUAGUGCUAUCAUUAGGUGCAUUCUCUGGUUCAUUUGGUGCAACUGUUGUAUAUCCAAUUAAUUUAAUUAGAACAAGAUUACAAGCUCAAGGUACUUAUGCUCAUCCUUAUACUUAUAAUGGAUUCUUUGAUGUAUUACAUAAGACAAUUGCAAGAGAAGGUUAUGCUGGUUUAUUUAAAGGUUUAGUACCGAAUUUAGCAAAAGUUGCUCCAGCUGUUUCAAUAUCGUAUUUUAUAUAUGAAAAAACUGUAAACCUAAUGGGAUUGCAUAAUGUAGUUAAAUAG